UGUGAUAUUGAAAAAAAAUUGAAAUUUGUGUUAAAAAUAAACUUGAGAACUUGAGGAUAUUAAUUUUAUGUUUCGUGAAAGAACAAAAACCUAGCUUCCAUAAUAUAAACAAAACAAGUAAUAUCACUUUAUAACCUUGUUAAAUCAGUUGAAGUUAUUAAAAGUUUGUUUCCGCAAGUUUUCAUUGAAUAAAUCAAGUUUUAGGCAAGUGCAGUCUUCUAAAGUACUGUUGGACAGUAAUGGGAAAUUAAAGAUGUGAAUGUGCAUGUAUUUUAUUGAUAAUGGCAUUGAAAAAUCAAACGGGCUAUGUGAAUGAUAGUAUUGGUAUUAAAGUUGAAGGCGAGUUAGGAGAUUUUCAAAUAAUUGAAGAAAACAGCGAUAGUGAUGAUGAUAUCGAGAUAGAUAGCAAAAGUUCAAGGACGACUGGCACUCUUGCCACCAUCCCUUCAGUCCCACCAAGUUUAGUGAAGCCAAAUAGCAGUCCAAUACAGGGCAAUGUGGCAGUUAGUAACUCUGAGAAUGUUGUGAUUGGUAACAACACUUAUUUCAAUGGACCUGUUAUUAUCAAGCAAGUUAUACAAAAUGCACCAGGUAUAGAGAACCCUUCUUAUGUUAAAACUGAUGAUGAAGACAUUCCAACACAAAAGUAUGAGAGAGAAACAAAAAAUGAUAAAUCUGUCAAGAAGUUUCAUAUAAGAAAAUGGCACAAGAUAACUUUUUCAGCAUUAUGUGUAGUAAUACUUGGUGGCAUCUUUGCAAUAUUGUCAAUAAUUCUGAGCAAUUCUACUCAAGAUGAUAUUAGUUCUUCUUCACCAAUGUCUGAGGAAGACAACACCUCAAGGACACCAAACUACACAAAGGUGGUGGGAUUGUUCUAUGAAAACUUAAACUUAAUUAUAUUUACAAUUAUAUUGACGCCAUUAACAUUCCUGUUGAUGUUUUACACAUUACUAACAUUGGAUGACUCUGGUGAUAAGAGUGUGGUCACCCGUAUUGAGAGGCAUAGGAAAAAGAGAGACUACGAAGCUAUAGAGGAUGAUAGUGAUCCCUACAUGAAACCUAUCAAAGCUAAUCCGUUGUUGAUAGCUCCAGAUCACCUUAGGAUAGUACCUAGAUCUGACUGGUUAGCACAACCAGUCGAGAAGCAGUUAGUUAAGAUCAAUCAGCCCGUGCCCUGGGUCAUCAUUUCGCACACAGCUACUGAAAGUUGCAAAACACAGAGCGAAUGUGUUCUGCGCGUGCGGCUCAUACAAAUGUUCCACAUUGAGUCAAGAAAGUGGGACGACAUUGGCUAUAACUUUUUAGUAGCCGGCGACGGGUCCGCGUACUACGGCCGCGGCUGGGACUACGUCGGCGCGCACACGUUGGGCUACAACCGGUACAGCAUUGGGAUAAGUUUCAUCGGGACAUUCAACAAUGAUCCUCCUCCUCAGAACCAAAUAGACGCUUGCAUCAAGCUGCUCAAAAGGGGAGUAGAAAUUGGUAAACUCGCGAAAGACUAUAAACUGUUUGCACACAGACAACUGGCGUCUACUCUCAGUCCUGGUGACAAGUUGUACGAUAUUAUAAAAGAAUGGCCGCACUUCGUUACGAAUGUUACAAACCCCUCUGAAUUAGUCCCGAAAUAUGAUUGAGUCUAGUGAAUCUUAUUAGUGCCUAAAUGUAAUAUAUUGUGAUGGAUGUAGUUUAUUGUUAACGUUGCUGAAUAUUGAUAGAAGUCGCAUAUACGAUCAAAUCGUGAUUUUAUGUAAUGCCGCUUUGCCAAAAGUGCCUCUGUUAGUUAAAAAAACUGCGCGCCUAUGGACCGUUUGGUUAGGUCAGGUUAUUGAUAAGAUUGGACGUUUGCGUUGAAGCAUAAAUAUGCUAGUCAGGUUGACAUAAUAAUAUUGUUACUUACUAACAAUGUAAUUUUAGAAGAAGCGAGUAUAUGCCGAGGCGAAUCUUUCUUUAUAGCAUGGUGAAGGUGAUCUAAAGUUUAUAUAUAAUUGUGUUAAGUUAUAAUGUUCCAUUUCCUCAAAGUGUAAAGCCAAGUUAGCUACAUAAUGUUUGUCUUCUUUAAUCAAACUCUAUACCUAUAUUCGUAUUAUUGGAAAGAAAAUGCUGAAUCAUUCCAUAGCAAGUUCUUAUUAGUUGAUUGUGUUUAAUAUAGCAAACGGAAAUAUGUACAGCUUAAUAAUAUUAAUAAUUUCGUCAAGGGGUACGGUAGACUCGAUCGAAACAUUACCUGAAUAACAAAACAUAAAAAAAUAUCGAUUUCGAAUCGACAACUUAUAUCCGCUAAACUCGGAUUACGGAGAUUAUAAUUCAUUUUAAUGACAUUGACAGACAAACCGCAGUCGCCAUCUUGAGUAGACAAU